CUGGCCUCAGUUAAAAGUGGCGGCCUCGCUGAGGUUCUGAUUGUCUUGACCUUAUUAAGGCGGGACUUCCUGCCUGUUAAAACAAACAAACAAAUAAACAACAAAACUGGGGUCAGCUUUCUUACCUGAGAAAUCAGGUACAGGCUGACAUAAGUGGGAUGGACUCUCCAUUAAGUACUGAGACAAAGUCUACCACCAGAGAGUGCACAUGGCUUGCCAGCAACACCGAAUUCUUUAACAGCCUGAGAAAACAGGGCAUCUUCUGUGAUGUGACCCUGGUGGUCCAGGGAAAAUACUUUCCUGCACACAGAAUAGUGCUAGCUGCAGCCAGCCAUGUCUUCAGACUUAUGUUCACCACCAAAAUGAAGGAGUCGGUGUGUCCUGAGGUGGAGCUCAGGAGUGUUGAGCCUGAGAUCAUUGAGCUGUUGCUUGAAUACAUUUAUACAUCACAAAUUUCAGUAGACAGGAAUAAUGUCCAGUUACUGCUGAAUGUGGCCAACCAGUACCAGAUUGAGCCGGUGAAGACGCUGUGUGGGAAGUUCAUUAAUGGACAGAUUGAUGCAACAAACUGCCUGGGUAUUUCAGCCCUUGCAGACUACAUGAACUGUCCAGAGCUUCAGAUGGCAGCAGAGGAGUUUGUCCAGCUCCACUUUGUUGACGUCUGCAGACUGGAUGAAUUUCUGCAACUGGACAUUGCACAACUCACACAUCUGCUGCAUCAGGACAAACUUUCUGUCUGCUCUGAGACGCAGGUCUAUGAUGCUGCAGUGCGCUGGUUGAAGUACAACAUCUCUAACAGACAACAGCAUGUUGCGGAGGUUUUGAGAUGUGUUCGCCUACCUCUGGUCUCCAAAACCUUCCUUUCAGAGACUGUAAAGACUGAGCCACUCUUCAAGGACAACCCAGACUGUCUCCAGAUGAUCACAUGUGAGUAGGAAGGAGAGGAAAACAAG